CCCUCACUGUAGAAAACGUGCUUCAAUGACAUUCCCGAUACUGAUGUAAGGAAACCGGUAUCAGUCCUGAGGAAGCUACAGUACAGAAAUGGCUUUAUAUUCUGUAUUUCGGUCUGUCAGGACUGAAGUAGUCAAGGGCUGUUUGACGCAGCACGUUCAGUCUCUGUUCACCAGCUGCCCGAGUUUAGCAGCAGAUAAAGCGCUUCUCCUGCAGCUACGCAAAUCUACGGGUUACACAUUUAUCAACUGCAAAAAGGCGCUGGAGAAAUGCAACAAUGACGUAACACAGGCAGAAAGCUGGCUUCAUGAACAGGCCAAAAAAGAGGGCUGGAGUAAAGCAACCAAACUGGAAGGUCGGAAAGCCAAAGAGGGGCUGAUUGGUCUCAUAAUGCGUGACAAUGCUGCCGUCAUGGUUGAGGUUAACUGCGAGACAGACUUUGUGGCGAGGAAUGAGAAAUUUCAGCAGCUGGUGAAGGAUGUUGCAUUGUCAGUAAUGGCUCAUCAAUCUACCAGCAAAAAAACAGGUUUUGUUAAGAGUGUGCUGUCAUCUGAGGACAUGUCUAAACUCAACGCUCCCGAUGGACCCUCACUGGCAGAUCAGUUAGCCUUGACUAUAGGGCGCUUGGGUGAGAACAUCGGCAUGAGGCGAGCCGUUUCACUUUCUGUGCCCUCUGAUUGGCACAUUGGCUCGUACGUUCACGGGACGAUUGCUGGGCAGGUUGGCAUUGAAAUGGGGCGCUAUGGAUCCCUAGUUGUGUUUCAAGGUGAACCUAAGGAAGGGACAUACACUCUCGGAAGGAAGCUGGCACAACAUGUAAUGGGUGAAGCACCUGUUUCUCUUGGCAACAUGGACGAUUUACCAUGUGGUGACUCUGAGACAAGACUUUUGCCCCAGACGUUUCUCCCAGAUCCCAAAUAUACAGUGGCACAGUACCUGACUCUUCAAGAUGCCCGUGUGCUGGACUUCAUACGCUUCCAGUGUGGAGAGAGCAGCAGUCAGGAGGAGUGAGGAAAGCCAUUUGAGGAUUUGAACAACCCUAAAUGAGAAAUUCAAAGUAUGAAUUAAUUACAUUUUCUUUAAACAGUGUUUGUAUAUAUGCAGUACCUAUAGAAAAUGUAUACCUGUGCUAGCAUUUCACCCUGCUUUUGGUAUAAAGUUGUAGAAAGGCACAGGUUAGGAGAAGGCUAUAAAACAUUUCAAAUGCUGGAAAGGUAUUUGGAAUGUAAUUUGAUUUCUGGAUGUGUGACAAAGUAAUUAUUUCAAAGGGGUUUGAUAAUUUUCUAUAGGCGCUGUAUAUAUAUAUAUUUAUAUACACUUCUUUUUUUCAAGCCAUAUCCAUGAUAUCACUGCUGUUUUAUAUCCCAAAACUAAAUAAUUCUAGUUUAUUCAUGAAGUGAAUUAAAUAAAUUCAAAUAAAUGUGGCCUAAUAGACUUUGUGGUUUUAACAUGUUACUUGUACAAAAAAUAAGUUAACUCAGCCAAGAUGGGUUCAUCUAAACUCCUUUGCUGUUUCUGUGCCACCACAAAUAAUAAUAAAAGUUUAAUACUAA